UGUCCACAAAUGAAAACUAGUGGACCGACCCUGCCAAUCAUCGUUACUGAAACAGCUGGCGCACGAUUUGCACGUGAAUACUGUCGCCCUUUGAUCGAAGUUCGUUGUUGGGCCGACUUCUGCAACAGUUGAAACUAUUUUAUGUCCCGGAAUCUUGCUUAAUCGUAAGUAGACAGAUAUACGAGACUGUAGAAAAAUGUCGACCCUGUCAUUCGUAUGCUACAUUAUUAUGACAAGCGUCACCAUGAACGCUGUCUGUGGCGAACAUCAUGAAGUCGUAACUCUGCUGGAGCCGCCGUUUGUGAUGGAGAAGACCACUCAGCCCCCCUCCGACACCAAGAAGUAUGAGGGGAUGUUGAUCGACAUCCUGGACGAACUCGCCCGUCGCCUCCACUUCACCUACAACAUUCGCGUGGUCUACGACGGCAAGUUUGGCUACGAGGUGGAGCCAGGGAAAUGGAAUGGACUUGUUUCGGAGCUGAUCAAUAAUAACUCUGACCUUGCGUUGUCGCAUCUGACCAUCAACUCGCAGAGGGCAAAGGUCGUCAAGUUCACGCAGCCAUUCAUGUUAGCCGGCCUUCGCAUCCUGUACCGGCCACCCGACCCGUGGACGAAUCAGCAGCCUUGGUACAUCAUGCUUACGCCAUUCACUGCCGGACUCUGGGUAGUCAUAUUUGUCUUGUGGCUUGUGAUUGGCUGCUUAUCAUACGCCAUAGACAGAUUCAGCCCAUUUGAAGACAACUUAGGACAACGAUCCAAUGAUGUCGAGUGUAGAGGACUGCCCUGUGGAAAGCUAUACACCCUGUGCUGUAUACUCGUCCAGCGAAAUCACAUCAAUUCCCCGCGGUCUCCGUCUGGGCGCUUCCUGGCCUCCGUCUGGUGGCUGUUCUGUAUCCUCAUCCUCAUCACCUUCACCGCCAGCCUCACCGCCAUCUUCCUCUCCCGCGACACUGUCAUCAACGGCAUCCCCUUCCACAGCUUCGACGAGCUGUCCCGCCAGACGCAGGUCCAGUACGGCGUGUUCAAACCAAGCCUCACUCUCGAUUACUUCAAGAACUCCGAGAAGCCGAUGGUGCAGAGAAUGUGGCAGGCCAUGAAUUCCUUCCAUCCUAGUGUCUUCAUCACAAGUACCAAGCAGGGACUGGACAGGCUGAGACAGGGGAAUGGCAACUUUGCGUUCAUCAUGGAGGGACCCCUGGCGGAGUUCGAGGCCGAGAAAGAACCCUGUGACCUGGUUGUCCUUGGAACCCAUAUGGACGAACAAGCAUAUGGGUUUGCGUGCAGAUGGGAAGGAAAUCUCUGUGAUCGGAUCGACCACAAACUCCUCGAGAUGAGGGAGGACGAGUUUCUCUACAAGGUCAAGGUCAAAUGGAUGUACAGUGGGUGCAAGGAAAGACGGCAGCAGGAAGUCUUCUCAGGCGGUCUCUCCUACCUUGACACGUUUGGUCUCCGGCUAGGUGGCACUGCAGCGAAGAGCGUCACUCUCAGAACCUUUGGUGCGGGGUUCCUGGUCUUGUUUGUAGGACUUGCCGUCACGAUUCUCAUCCUAGGGGCGGAAGUGACCUAUGCAAGGUCACGGAAAGUAACGACCAAGUUCCCCGUGCAUCAACCCAUGAGAGACGAAGGAAGGGACCCUAUCUGUGGAAUCUCAACGAACAAACUCAUGAAUGAUGAUUCACUUUCAUAACACACUUAUUACAGAUACAUACUCGUCUCCUUACCUUUGUUAUCUACAUUGUUGUGUAUGCAUUCAUAAUCAGAUUCCCGUUAUCGUUACAUCACAUGGGCACAAUGUUUGAUUUACCGUUUUUCUAUUUUUGUUAUGCGAUUAAACUGGACGUUAUGCAUUCAUUGAUA